GCGGGGUAGAGACCCGGGUUGGGGCCGCGGGCGGGCGGCGGCAUGGAGGAGCUGAGCAGCGUGGGCGAACAGGUCUUCGCCGCCGAGUGCAUCCUGAGCAAGCGACUCCGCAAGGGCAAGCUGGAGUACCUGGUCAAGUGGCGCGGCUGGUCCUCCAAACAUAACAGCUGGGAGCCGGAGGAGAACAUUCUGGACCCGAGGCUACUCCUGGCCUUCCAGAAGAAGGAACAUGAGAAAGAGGUACAGAACCGGAAGAGAGGCAAGAGACCCAGGGGCAGGCCAAGGAAGCACACGGUAAUGUCAUCCUGCAGCCGGCGUUCCAAGCUCAAGGAAUCCGAUGCUCCCUCCAAAUCCAAAUCCAGCAGUUCCUCCUCUUCCUCUACAUCUUCCUCCUCCUCCUCAGACGAAGAGGAUGACAGUGACUUAGAAGCCAAGAGGGGCCCCCGAGGCCGAGAGACCCACCCAGUGCCUCAAAAGAAAGCCCAGAUCCUGGUGGCCAAGCCCGAGCUGAAGGAUCCCAUCCGCAAGAAGCGAGGACGCAAGCCCCUGCCGCCUGAGCAGAAGGCGGCCCGCAGACCCGUGAGCCUGGCCAAGGUGCUGAAGACUGCUCGCAAGGACCUGGGGGUCCCGGCCGGCAAGCUGCCCCCCCCACUCAGUGCCCCUGUGGCAGGCCUGGCAGCCCUGAAGGCCCAUACCAAGGAGACCUGCAGUGGCCCUGGUGCCAUGGCCACCCCAGAGAACCUGGCCAGCCUGAUGAAAGGCAUGGCAGGCAGCCCCAGCCGUGGCGGCAUCAGCUGGCAGAGCUCCAUUGUGCACUACAUGAACCGCAUGAGUCAGGGCCAGGCCCAGGCCACCAGUAGACUGGCGCUCAAGGCCCAGACCACUGGCAAGUGUGGCCUUGGGCUGGACCUGAAGGUGAGGACGCAGAAGGGGGAGCUGGGGAUGAGCCCCCCAGGAAGCAAAGUUUCAAAGGUUCCUGGGAGCGGCGGAGCUGCUGAGCAGAAAGGGGGUGGCACAGGGGGGGCUUCCCAUGCCCACAGCAGUGGCAAGGUCACCACUGGGUGCCCAGGUUCCCAGCUAGCACCCACCCAAGAGCUGAGCCUGCAAGUCUUGGACUUACAGAGUGUCAAGAACGGCAUGCCUGGGGUGGGCUUGCUUGCCCGCCAUGCCCCAGCCACCAAGGCUGCCCCUGCCACCACCCCAACCACAGGAAAGGGGACCGGAAGUGGCUCCACUGGGGCAGGCGGGGCCUGUGCACCCAUAGACAUGGGCAAAGGUGAGAAGCUGGUCUCCAGGGCGGUGGCUAUGCCCACCCCUUCUGGCAAGAGGGAGAACGCCAAGGGUGGCACAGCCUCCAGCGGGCAGGAGGGCCACACAGCCACAGGGGAAACCCGCAAGGCAGCCGCCCUCUCUGAGAUGAGCACAGGUGAGGAGAACAGCACUUCAGACUCAGACCCUGAUUCAUCUUCGCUGCCAGGGGCUGGGCAAAGCCUGUCUGUUUCUGUCCAGACCAGCCAGGACUGGAAGCCCACUCGAAGCCUCAUUGAGCAUGUCUUUGUCACUGACGUCACAGCCAACCUCAUCACAGUCACUGUGAAAGAGUCCCCAACUAGCGUGGGCUUCUUCAGCCUGAGACAUUACUGAAACCUCUGUCACCCUGGCCUGUGGCCCCCAGCCACUCAGGUCUGCCUGCCUUCCUGUUUGGUUUUGCUCUGGCGGGUGACCCAUACAUAGCACAGCCUUCGUGAGGGCCUGUGGCUGAGGAGUGAGGUCUCCUUCACAGGCAGGCAGAAUUGUCCUCAUUCCGCCUUGUGCUGGGACUUGGUAACACACUGUCUGCUUGCCUUGCUGGGGCCUGACUUCCCCACUGCCCUACCUCUCCAGGCCCCCACCUCAACCCACGUCUCUUCAGAACCUCUGGGUGGUCCGUGCCUCAAGCCCCCAACUCAGCCGGAGCCUCCAGCCUGGUCUCGUGAGAUCAGAGGCAGGGUCAGAGAGGCUUCUCACAUAGCUGCUUCCCCAACAUGCAGGGAGAAAAAGCGGGAUUGGGGGACUCGUGUCCCCUCUUCCUGGCGCCAUUCUCUAGAAGGUGGAGUGAGGCAGGCCAGGCCCUCCUUCAGAGUGGUGCCUGGACCUCUGAAGGUGAGUUUGGGGCCCUGGUGCCUGGUGGGCCUUAAUGUAAAAGGACAGGUCCAGUGUGCAGGUCACCUGGCUCUGGUUCAGAGUAACAUCUCCAACAUCCAGGUGCUUGCCUGAGAAAGUCCAGCCCCUCUGGUGCACUCCAGGGGUCUCCAGGUUCAGGAGGAGGACUAAGGGUCCCAGCUGCCCCCUUCCUGCCAACCUGCACCCCAGUGGGAAGUGACCCUUGGCUCCCUGGAAUGCAAGUUCUGGGGCUGAAGCCCUGUACUUGGGGUGGAAAGGCAGGAAAUUGAGCUUGGGUAUGGAAUGGGCCUUGGCAUGUGAGCCUCUCCACAAGCUAGGAUUUGCCUUCUGGUGACAAGUGACCAGCCUAACUCCUGCGGUGCCCAAAGCUGCCCUCCUCAGCCGCUAGAGAACCAGAGCGCAGGCGUUUGCUACAGCCCACCAUGACACCCCAGUGAAGAGGCAGUUGCUGGGGGCUGCUUUCCUUGACAAUCUCCCCCACUUUUGGGGGUUCCAUUUCUGCUCCCUCCCAGCUGAGAGCUGAGAAAUGCCUGCACAUCUUUUGAGGUUCCACAGCCAAGGAGUCUUGGCUUUGGGGCCCCCCUGUUCACUCUCCUGGGGAAUCUUCAAGAUUUCAAGUCUUUUUUUUUUUUUUUUU